CGCGGGCGCCCCGGGGCCCGGGGUGACCGCCCCGCCCCGCCCCCGCGUCCCCGCCGGGGCGGAGCCGCCGCCGCUGCUGUCAUGGCGUCCCGGGCGCUGCUGGCGAAGGAGCCACCCGCGCGGGGCUACUAGAGCCGCGGGUCGGGGGGCCAUGGAGAGCCUGGCGCAGCCCCCGCCGCCGCCUGCGGGCCCGCUGGCGGGGGGCGGCGCGGGGCGGGCCGGCCCCGAGGAGGAGGCGGCGGCCGGCGGGGGCAGCUGCGGGGCCGGGGCCGAGGAGGGCAGCGGCGCGCAGCCGGGAUCCCCGUGCGGGGCCGCCGAGGCGGCGGGGAGCGGCCCGGGCGAGGGCAGCAGCGGCGCACCGAGCCCGCGCGGGGAGGAGUCGCGGAGCCUGGACUCGCUGGAGUCCUUCUCCAACCUGCCCUCCGCCGGCGCCAGCAGCUCCGACCUCAACAGCGACGCCGAGGAGGCGGCGGGCGCGGGCCGGGCCGACGGGGACGGGGACGGGCCGGCGGGCGCCGCACUGCCGCCCGCCUCCAAGGAGCGGUUCCCGGGCCAGUCCGUGUACCACAUCAAGUGGGUGCGCUGGAAGGAGGAGAACACGCCCGUCAUCACGCAGAACGAGAACGGGCCCUGCCCGCUGCUGGCCAUCAUGAACGUGCUGCUGCUGGCCUGGAAGGUCAAACUGCCACCGAUGAUGGAAAUCAUAACGGCUGAACAGCUGAUGGAAUAUUUAGGAGAUUAUAUUCUUGAUGCAAAACCAAAAGAAAUUUCUGAAAUUCAGCGUCUGAAUUAUGAGCAGAAUAUGAGUGAUGCAAUGGCUAUUUUACAUAAACUGCAGACGGGCCUGGAUGUUAAUGUGAAAUUCACUGGUGUACGAGUAUUUGAAUACACACCUGAAUGUAUAGUGUUUGACCUUCUUGAUAUUCCCUUGUACCAUGGAUGGUUAGUGGACCCUCAGAUUGCUGACAUAGUGAAAGCAGUUGGCAACUGUAGCUACAAUCAGUUGGUGGAGAAAAUAAUCUCUUGUAAACAGUCAGACAACAGUGAGCUGGUUAGUGAAGGAUUUGUAGCAGAGCAAUUUCUGAACAACACAGCCACUCAGUUGACAUACCAUGGAUUAUGUGAGCUGACUUCAGCAGUUCAAGAAGGAGAACUUUGUGUGUUCUUCAGAAACAACCAUUUUAGCACCAUGACCAAAUAUAAGGGUCAGCUUUACCUGCUGGUGACAGACCAGGGGUUUCUUACAGAAGAAAAAGUUGUUUGGGAAAGUUUACACAACGUAGAUGGUGAUGGGAAUUUCUGUGAUUCUGAAUUUCACCUUCGGCCUCCAUCAGACCCAGAAACUGUAUACAGAGGGCAGCAAGAUCAAAUAGAUCAGGACUAUCUGAUGGCAUUGUCUUUACAACAAGAGCAGCAGAGCCAAGAAAUCAAUUGGGAAGAGAUCCCUGAAGGAAUCAGUGAUCUUGAGCUAGCCAAGAAACUUCAGGAAGAGGAGGAUAGGCGAGCCUCUCAGUACUAUCAGGAACAAGAACAAGCAGCUGCAGCUGCAGCUCAGGUCCAGCAGGUACAAGGAGCAGCUUCUCCAGCAAGCGGAAGACAAUCUGGGAGCAGUGAACGCAAACGAAAAGAACCUCGGGAGAAGGAGAAGGAGAAAGAGAAGGAGAAAGAAAAAGAAAAGAACAGUUGUGUCAUUUUGUAACAGGAGAUGGAUUGUUGCCUGGAGCCAAGUGCACGUUGUCAUAAAUAAGAACAAGGAAGAUAAACCCGUUACAUGCCGCCUGUGCCUGAUUAUCCCCAUGGAUUUUGUUCCUGCUUAAGGAGAGGAUGGGUGACCACUUUGUUACAAUCGUACAGACUUUUGUCAAAGUCCUAGUGCACGCUCGUCGAGAUGAAAUUCCAAACCACAAUCGGAUGCGGCUGUGCUUUGAGUCAGUCAUGAGAAUAUUGCACCUUGUAGCUGAACACACAUCACAGCAAGUUUUGUGUCAUAGUGACAUGCAUUAUUCAUAAUAUCAGUUAGUAAGCUAUUUCAUCUUUUACUCGACAGAAAGGAAGUAAUAUGUUUUGUGUCAGAUUUCUUCCUGAAGUCUUUACAUCAGUACAACAGAAUCAUGGUUCUUUUCAUGGUAUGAAAUAUAACUUAGACUGGGUAUUAAUGGCACUAGAGCCCAAUGAGCUUCCCAGCACACUGCCUCUUCAACAUGCCCAUAUUCCUCGUGUUCAGGUUCUGGUGUCCCACGUGCAUUCUUUUUCCCAGGAUUACACUGGUUAGUGCUGUCAUUGCACCAUCCAGCCAGCUUUACUUUUGCCCUAUUAGUGGUUUGUCAAACGUCUUACUGAAAAUUGCGUGUUGCAGAAAACCGGAGCAUCUAUUGAUAAGCAAGAUAAAUCUUUAUUAUUACUUCUCUCGCAGUUAAAAACUGGGUAUUGUAACUCAGAACUUAUCAGGGUUGAACAAAUGAUUUUAUAGUUUCUUUUCUUUAGAAUUUUCUCUUAUAGGUAAACUGGACCAGAGAAAUUGUUCUUAUUUAUUGACCUCUUCAUGUGGUAGGUGAUAUGUGGAAGGAAACUAAAAGUCUAUAAUAAUCCUUCUCCUAUGUAGAAAUGCAGAAUUAAAAUAACUAACUUAAUAUCUGCCUUUUUCCAGAAGUACCUUGAACCUUAAGAUGAUAUUAACAUGUUCACUUGUACAUUUAAGCAGGUGUACUGUACACAAAUACCUUUUUUUUUUAAAUCAUGUAUCUGUAAAAAGCACACUUUUGCAGGGUCAGAGAGAGGUUAAAUUGCUCUCUAGGAUUGUUUGGAAAGUCUCACAGGUGUAGUAUCACUUUGUUUUUUUAAAUCACUAAUCUAAAGUUUUGGGAAAUGUCUGUAGAAAUAACCAGAUUUUCUAAUUUAUGGGAACCAAAUAAAUACAUUGCAUCUUGUAGAAUUUAUAGGAUACAGAAACAAAAUAUUUGCUGAAUUUUAUUAUGAGGGAACCACAAAUCCUCCUCCAUUUCAAUAGGGGAAGUCAGUAAUAAUUACUUUAUUGCUGAUCCUUUUGAUAAACUUUAUAUUUAGCAAUUUGUAGAUACUUUGAAAAGGGCUGCUUGUGCUGGAAAAGUCCUGAUUCGCACACUAAGUCUGGGUAAGUGCAUUUGCAUAAUUGAGUCUGGAACCGCUUAAAGCAGCCAGCUGGAACAUGACAUUCCUAUUUUUGGAUGUAAGAUGUCUGUCGGGUGCAAUUUUUAAAAAGUCUUGAUUUUGAAACAUAGAUUUAUGGGUAAAGAACUGCUUUAAAGGUUUUUUUUCAAACAGCAUUGCCAUCCUGAUCAGAACCAGUCAUCACACAAAUCUGUUACAUACUAAAAUAAAAAAAGUAGACUGAUAUAAAGUAGGAUUAUUUAUUACAAUAACUGUAUGGACAGUCUGGAUUACUUUUUUCCUCAGCUUUUUCUUUCUAUCCUUUUGUUACACUUUGUUACUACAUUCUUUUUAUUAUACUGAAGUGAUGAAUGGUUAAAGAAGGUCUUUGUUGGACAUUAAAUCUCAGAUACAGAAAUUUCUUGGCAAUUAUAGAUGGAACUAUACUUGGUUAUUAAUACCUAGAUGUACACAGCUAAAAUAACAAUCUGUGUCAAACAGUUGACUUCAUUUCUUUUGCUGAAAUGAACCAUUUCUUUUAAAUAAAUUUAUAUUAAUAUUAGGAUGAACAUAAGCUUAAUAGAUCUGCUUUCCUUUACACUGAAUGGAAGAUAUCAACCUUGUAUUAUAUUGGAGCAACAAAGGCACCAAACGAGAAUGUUGUUUAAAAAGCAAUGUGUUAGUGAAGGGAUUUUUCCCAUACUUGUGUAUAUCCAUUUAUUUAUUGCCCUUGACAAAUAAACGUGUCAACUUUAAGCUUUGUUAAUUAAUUAUUUCUGGUAACAAUACUGUCGUUUUGCAUUCCCAACUAAAAUUAAUUUGGCAUUAUAGCUAUCAAGUUCAGUAAACCAUAGUUAAUUGAUAUAUGGGAUAAUUACCAGUUUUCCAUCUUUCCCAUAUUAUCAACUCCUGUUUAUUGGAAGAGUCACUAUUAUUUGCAUUCCCCUUGGAGUGGUGAAUUAACUGGAGUUUACUGUAAAUAAUUUUGUAAACUUAAGUCACAGAAUAAUUAACUGUAUUUACUAGUAGUACCAGAAAAGUUUGUGUAGCACUUCCACUUCAUGUCCCACUGACUCUCCUGAAACAUAAUGUACCGAUGGUAAUAUUGUCUUAUUUGGUUACAGUGGAAGAAAACAAAUGAAAUAAGAAUGUCUGUUUAAAAAGUAAGUUUUCUAGAGAAUUCGGUUUCUCCUCAAUAAAGAUUUUAUCAAUUUCAGAACUGUU